UGCUGGCUCCACUCCAGCCAGCUCUCCGCGCCGUCCAGAGCCCACAGCCUGUCGCCUCCACUGUGUGCCCCUUCCGCCGAGGGACAGAGGGGCCAUUCUGCAAGUGAAAUCCACUGCAGCUGUUGGGGGGCCUUUGGACUCUGGCAGUGCCCACCCUGGGCGGCCGGGGGCGGGCUCCCAGCUGAGGGGACGUCACCUGCAUCAGGAGUCAGUCAGACCCACGGUGCCUCAGGAAUCAUCUGUUCCACCGAUGCCAGGAUCACGUGAGAGUAACCAGAGGCAGCGCCAUGCAGCUGUGCCUCCCCUUCUUCCUGGUGCUGCUCAGCCUGCAGGUGGCCAGCCUCCCCCGCCGCCACCACACCUGGAGGACGAAGAAGAGAGUCAGGGAGCUGCCCGUCGUCAGCACAGCGGCCCCCGGUAACCAGAACUUCACCUUCGACCUCUACAGGGCCUUGGCGGCUGCCGGCCCCGACCAGAACAUCUUCUUCUCCCCUCUGAGCAUCUCCGUGUCUCUGGCCCUGAUCUCCCUGGGGGCUCGGUCCAACACAAAGACACAGAUCUUGGAGAGUCUGGGCCUCACUGUCCAGGGGGGCCCAGAGGAGGAGGCGCUCCACAGCGGCUUCCACCAGCUGCUGCAGGCGCUCCGCCAGCCCAGAGAGGACCUCCAGCUGGGCCUCGGCACCGCCCUGUUCGUCCUGCCCACGAUGCACAUCCAGGACACCUUCCUGAGCACCGCGAGGACCCUGUACCUGGCAGACACCUUUCCCACCAACUUCAGGGACCCUGAAGCUGCCCAGAAGCAGAUCAAUGAUUAUGUGGCCAAGCAGACGAAAGGCAAGAUCGUGGACUUGGUUCAGAACCUGGACAGCUCUGAGAUCAUGGUUCUGGUGAAUUACAUUUUCUUCAAAGCUAAGUGGGAGACCAGCUUCGACCACAAAAGCACCCAAAUGCAGGACUUCCACGUGACCCCAGAGACGGUGGUGCAGGUGCCCAUGAUGAGAUGCGAGAAUGAGUAUUACUACCUCCUGGACCGCAACCUCUACUGCAGGGUCGUGGGCGUCCCCUACCAAGGAAAUGCCACUGCGCUCUUCGUUCUCCCCAACGAAGGCAGGAUGGAGCAGGUGGAGGCUGGGCUGAACCAGGACACACUGAGGAAGUGGCUCAAGAAGCUCACAAAGAGAAGGCUCCAGCUUCACCUUCCGAAGUUCUCCAUGGAGGGCUCCUAUCAGCUGGAGAAAGUCCUCCCCAAGCUAGGGAUCAGGGACAUCUUCACCUCACAAGCUGACCUGACCGGACUCUCCAACCAUUCUAACAUCCAGGUGUCUGAGAUGGUGCACAAAGCCGUAGUGGAGGUGGACGAGUCGGGAACCAAAGCGGCUGCGGCCACUGCAGUCAUGUUUGUGUUCCGGUCGGCCCGCAUAGGCGCUCAGGUGGUAGCGUUCGACAGGCCCUUCCUGAUGAUGAUUGUGGAGAACACUGAGAACAUCCUCUUCCUGGGCAGAGUGGCCCGCCCUUGAGGCGGGGUUUUUCCCGACAGGUCGCAGGCCUCCUCGGUGGAAGAAGUGGGUGCACGCUGGCCUUCGAUCUGCUGAGAGCUAGUGAUUUAAGCAGGUGCAGUUGGCUAGUGAGACUUUCUCAAAGAAUAACAGUAACCUUGAUACACUGAUGAUUGCUUCUUUCACCCAAUCUCAAGGCACAAGUGCCGUGAAGAAUCCUAGAGAACAGAUGGUCUUGCCUUCACCCUUCGUCAGUGGAGGCAAGCUCUGAGGCCCAGAGAGUUUGCUUGACUUGCCCAAGGUCACAUGGCACAUUAGUGGUGGAAAGGAGCCUGCAACCCGGCCCCUGGUUCCCGGCCUAGUGCUGCAUUCAGCUCUGUAGGAAGGUUCUCCCGGUAGACAUUUCUACCAGGACGUGGACGUCCAAGCCUCGUCCCCUACUUACCAGCAACACCAGCUAUCUGUGUGUUACGGUUUCGAAAGAACACCGGAAUGGAAGUCUGGGAUGGGGCUUCUGUCCCAGCCCAGCAGCUGUGUGACAGUGGGGCAAUUCUUUCCCUCUCUGGACUCUGGUUUCUCCACGUAUGCAUUGAAGGAUCAGGUCAAGGCUGGAAGGAUCCUUGAAACCAUACAAGAAGGCUGGGGUGUUACUGCCAAUCACAGUUGAUGUCAAUCCAUUUGAGUGCCACUCAGCCUUUUAGCAAAGCAAUGGACAGCGAGGUGGAAAUGGCCUUUCACAGGACUGUGCCAUCCUGUGGAUGAAGUUACAGCCUUGUGGGCUUGGGUGGCGAUGGGGGACUGGAGGCCUGCUGCAAAUAGUAGAGCAUCAUUUGAAGAUACUGCCGAACUUUAGUGUCAGUCAUAACAAUAAAGUGUUUUGCAAGCA